AAUACUACUAAACAAAAAGCUUUAUCAAAUCAGAAUAUAAAAAUAUUAAAGCGGCGUCGUGUUGUGGAGGUUAAAAGUGGUGGUGGUGAUGCAUCACCACCCGCCAAGCCUAUCACCAAAACCACCACCCGCGGCCGCAGUAUGCGGUUGCCGAGCAAAUAUCAGUAG